UAUUCAAUAUCUUAUGCAUUGUGGUCUAUUCCUUGCAGCUUUAUGCCCUUGAGGUUUGCAGGACACUUUUGCUGGUACAUAUUUUUAAUUGAAUGUAGAACCUUAAUUAUUCAUAGUACAAGAGUUGGUAUGUUGAAUAGAGCAUCGAUACACACGAGAUUUGUGUAUGCAUUCACCUGCAGUUGGUCCAUGGCUUCCAACAGAUAAUGAUAAUCUGUUUUAUUGUGUUGCCCCUAGAUACCACCCAGCCCUAUUUCAGCUUUUCCAAAGAAAAUGCUUAGAAUCUGGUACUAAGAUACUGCUUCAAAAUUAUCCAGUUUAGGAAACAGAAGUAAUGGAUAAUUAUCUGAAAGAGUCGCCAAGAAUUAGGCAAUGCCGCAAGGAUGAGAAAAAAUGGUUGGAGUAUUACAAGAAACAUCGAAAAAAGAUCUUGGAAACGAAACCAACACUUUCGUCGUCAAAACAAAACGAAAAUUACGACUACCUUCAUGUGCAGUUAAGACUUAAAAAGCUACAGAUGGAAGAAGAUCGAUUUGCUACAAUUGAUUACGAAAAUCGAAAAUUACUUGAAAGGAUAAUGAAUGUCGUUGGUGACCUUCCUGUGACAAGCAAAAAAAAGGAAUUGAAAUCACCAAGCAAGAGAACAAGAAGUGUACAGGUAUCAAGAAUAGAAGAAGAAAACAAGAGGUUUAAAGAAAGACUAGAUCGUACAAAGGCUCAAGUUGUAUCAUCUGCGACAUUUGAUGAUGUUGACCCCAAUGCAGCAUCUAGAUCAAAACAGAAGCAUAAUGAGGAAAAACAAAUCAUGGCGGAGAAUUUGAGACUGCAAGAACGGAUAGGCCAAGCACGGUCAUACAUAUCAUCUGCUCCUGCUGCUUCCGAAAAAAUGAAUUAUGCACGAGAAAAACAAAGAUUAAAUGACGAACGCAAAGUCAUGGAAGAAAACAAGCAACUGAAAGAAAGAAUAAACGCUGCGAGGCAUCGUUUGAAUCUAACACCCCCAGAGAGAAAUCGACCACAUGCCAGCUUUCAAGACAGAUUCAAAAGGGAAGCAAUCAACAUUGAGCAGCAAAACUUUCGAUUGCAUGCAAGGCUGACAGAGAUAUUGGAAUCUGAUCCAAACUACAGGACUGAAAUGGUUGACAGCACUAAAAGACAUCAAAGGCUGCAGAGAAGCUUUAGUGAAGACAAUCGGGUAAUGCAAAAAAGGCUUGAACAAAUUAAAAGCACCAUUGAUGAUGGCAAAGGACAUAAGGAAAAUUAUGUGAGUGAAAAGAAAAAUGCAGCUGCACGUCGUUACGAAGAAGAAAGAAUACAAGAAGAAAAUAAGAAGAUGAAAAAAAGAAUUUUAAUGAUAAUGGAAAGUCAAAAUGCAAAUGCUUCAAAAAGACCAGGAGAAAGAGAUCAUUCAAAGCAGAAAAAAAUCGAUGAAGCACGAAAAAGCAUCGAGAAAGAAAAUAAGUUGUUGCUAGAGAGAAUAAAAAAGGUUAAGCCAGUGAUGUCAACCAGGCAAAAGGAUCAACCACCAUCAUUUGUACCAUACAAUGAUCAGUACCAAGAAAUGAAUAAGCAGCUGCGGAAAAGAUUAGCUAAAAUAAAGCGUGGAGAGAACCCUGGGCCAUUGAAAGAAAGCAUUGAUUUAAGUGAUAAUGAUGAGGAUGACCAAAAUGAUAACGAGGAGGAAAAGAAAGAAGGGGUUGCUGGAUCAAAAAAGGAAACCAAAAAAGGCAAAAAGAAAGUAUAUCAAGUGCCUGAUGGUUACCACAAAAAAUUCAGAAAGCGAAUAAAGAAAAACAAAAAGGGAGAUGAAGUUGAAGAUGCGGAUGAUUCUGAAUUUGAGACAGAUUCGGAUUAUGACUGAGCUUUGCUUUAUUAUAAUAAAUUAAUGUGC